UAAACUGGUAAGACCAAUACUAAGUACAAACUACAUAAAUUCAUCAAACUUUUUUUGUCAUAAUUGUCCAUUAGUAUUUUUAUUUAGUCAUUUUAUUAUAAGGAAUUAAAAAAUAACGUAUUAAAAAUAAAUAUACAAAAUGACCCUAAUGGAAUUUACUGGUUGCACUUUAACAGCAUUUGGCCCUGCAUUAUCAAUGUUUAUAAUAACAAUUAUGAAUGAUCCUGUACGUGUCAUUAUAUUGAUAGCUAGUUCAUUCUUCUGGUUAUUAAGCUUGUUGUUCUCAUCUAUAUUAUGGUUUAUAUUUCCCAUCAAAGAAUAUAUCUGGGUAGGAGUUUGUUUAUCAGUUUUAGUUCAAGAGCUUUUUCGAUACUUUUUAUAUAUAUUACUCAGAAAAGCAGAAAGAGGACUGAAACAAUUUGCAGUUCAUUCAUUCGUGUCUAGCAAUAAACACAUGUUGUCUUAUGUAUCCGGUUUGGGAUUUGGUCUAAUGAGCGGCUUAUUUUCACUUAUCAAUAUUUUAGCUGAAGUUGGUGGACCAGGGACGAUGGGUUUACGCGGAGGCAACAGUGUAUUUUGUUUGGUAUCUUCAAUUUUUACUGCUCUCACAAUAUUUUUGCAUAUUUUUUGGCAAGUCUUGUUUUUCCAUGGAUUAAAUACAGAAAAUAAAAAAUUGAUGUCAUAUGUUUUUUGUUCACACUUAAUUGUUUCUGAAAUUACAUUAUUUAAUCAAUACUAUUAUUAUGUACUUACAUUAUCACUGGUAUUUACAAUAACAAUGGGAACUGGAUUCUACGCAUUCAAAAUAGCUGGAGGACAAUUACCCUUUCUAAAUAAAAAUCAAAAUGAAACUCCAACAACUAUUAAUUAAAAUUUGAUUGUCUGUAUUGUUAAUUGUAUUUUUUUCUGUAAAAUAGAAUAUUAUGUGAAAAAUAUCUAAUUUUUAUAAUAAAAUACACAUGUAUUAUAACAA